AUGAAUAGUUUCGGAUGCAGUUUCGGAUGCUGUUUAGUGUUUUCGGUGGUAUUUCUUGGACAAGUUUCGACUUUGCCAACCGGUUGUAAACAGAAACCAAAUCAGAUAGGACAAUAUACCCUGAAAUGCGAGGGCUUGUCUCUAACCAGCGUUCCAACGGGUCUGGGACCAUUAAGCUUCAUAUACCUGUCAGGGAGCUCCGAUCAUAAGAACAAUAUUACGGCCUUACGGUCCGGCAAUUUUGACGGCGCCACUAAGCUCUUCUCCCUCGAGAUUUCCUGGAGCCAGAUACAGACCGUUGGUACUGGCACAUUUGCUGGACUUGGUGAGCUACACAAUCUAAACCUGGCUAACAACAACAUUCGGAGACUCACAGCCAACACAUUUAAAGGAUUGUCAAAGCUAAGGUCUCUCGACCUAUCUGGGAACAAGGAUUGCGAGUUUGACCGUACGAUGUUCACAAAUAUUGCUAUUUUAGAGGAACUCAACCUAGGUGACAUGAAUCUAAGGAAAAUAGACAACAGUUUGUUUUCUGGUUUGAGGCACUUGAAAGUUCUAAAACUUCAAAUGAAUAACAUCAAGAAAAUCCAUCAAAAUGUUAUCCUCAACAUUCCUUCUUUGCAAACCCUGGACAUGAACGGAAAUAAACUUCGAGGCAUACCAGAGGAGCUGAAAUCAAAAUUGAAAGCAAUGACACAAAUUCACAUCUCCGAGAAUCCCCUUCAGUGUAACUGCCAGCUGCUUUGGCUUCGUGAACUAGCUGAGCGAUUCUAUUACAGCAAAACUGAUGCGAGCGACAUCAUCUGUAACGGCCCUGCCAGGCUGAAAUAUUCAUCGUUUGUCAACGUGCCCAAGUCUGAAUUUGUUUGCAUUCCUCCCAAAAUUGUGAGAUGCCAACAGGAGACGUAUUCGCUACCCGAGCAUCAACGGCUAACGAUUGAGUGCGAGUUUGAGGGAGACCCUGAACCAAGUGGGAUCAAGUGGAGAAGACCUGACGGCCAGCUGAUGGAUGGACGAGGAACGAAUCAUGGACAAUACGAAAUAACGGAAAAUGGCACGCUGAUCAUUCGUUCGGUGAACACUAUUGAUGAUGGCUCAUGGACUGUCACAGCGUACAACAAGACGGCCUCGGAUGACCUCGCGGUCUCUGUCCACGUGAACCUGUCUACGACACCAACCGAAACUAAGCCGACAAGACACUCAACACCCACAGCGAUUACUAAAACUGUUACUGAUAGUAUCUCUACCAGUGCCCUUACGAGGUCUGGUACCAUUCGUCAGGUAUCAAAUACGACAAUUCAGACAACGACAACAACAUCAAAGCCGUUUUUGAAAACCGUCGAUCCUAGUCCUGAAGAGCACGUCGCAAGAGACGAUGGACUUUCGGUCUGGGUCGUAGCGGGCGCGGCUACUUGUACCACUUUAGCUGUUGGCGGACUUGGCGCUGUCGUUUGGUGCCUAGUGAAAAGAUCGAAGAAAGUAGUUCCGUCAACUGAAUGCUUAAGACAUUCUAAUCCUAAAAAAAUAGUGGUGUACUUAUAA